AUGGCGCAUCCCACUUCUCUCUCUGGGCGUCAACGCCGCGUCAACACUCGACACUUGCUGCUGUGCUUUGUCAGCACCUUUUUAGCGGUUCCUUCUCUCUUCACUCCUUUGCCCGACUUUGCUGUUCAAGCGGGCGGGGUUGAAGAACCGACUGCACAAGAUGUGCUUUUCCGACACGGCGAGGAGGAAACCUUCGAGGAAAAAGAGCCCGUGAGACGAGAGGAAGAGGAACAGGACUUGAUUGCUGGAGUGUAUGGCGCCACCAGAUUUGGAGCCGCCGCAGAUAAAGAGCAUUCCGCACGCAGCCGCACAACCUCAAGACAAUCGAGAGGGCGAUCGACGUACUACUCGUCCCUGGGUGCCGGCCCUCACUACCGACAGGAAGAACCUCGCCUCCUACAUCAUCCCGUUCAUCACCCUCGUGGCCCUUCUGAACUUGGGCAUAGCUACCGCCUAUUACCACACCCAAAGUAA